AUGUUUCGCACUGGCUUGGGUCCACUUCAGCUUGUGGUCUCGUCUGCUGUGGCGGAACAACAGAGAGGGUUUGCCACCUUGAAGGAUAUAUCCAUUCGGUUGAAGUCUGUCAAAAAUAUCCAAAAAAUCACCAAGUCAAUGAAGAUGGUAGCCGCUUCCAAAUACGCUAGAGCUGAACGUGACCUGAAGGGUGCUCGUGCUUACGGAGUUGGAGCCAAGACUUUUUUCGACAACAUUGAUCCGCAAACCGGUGAUGAGAAAAAGGAAGAGAAGGGGAAGCAGCUUCUGGUGCUUGUUACCUCUGACAGAGGCCUCUGCGGUGGUGUUCACUCAUCGAUUGCCAGGGAGGCAAAGAGCAUUCUGGCACACGCUGGUGAGAAAGAUAUACGCGUAGUUUGCAUUGGUGACAAAGCAAAGAAUGCUCUUCAACGAAUUUAUGCCAAGAAAUUCAUCCUAACCGGGAACGACAUCGGUCGAGCUCCACCAACUUUCGCCGAUGCCUCGAUUGCUGCAAAAGCUAUUCUUGAAUCCGGAUUCGACUUCGAGGAGGGAUCGAUCAUCUUCAAUAGGUUCAAGACCGUAGUAUCGUAUCAAACCACCAAAAUGCCUAUUAUGCCUUUGGAGGCGAUUAAAGCAAAGGAAGCUUUGAUGACGUACGAUUCGGUUGAUGAUGAUGUUCUGCAGUCUUACAGUGAAUAUUCACUAGCACAACUAAUUUAUUAUGCGAUGAAAGAAUCUGCCUGCUCGGAACAAGCAUCACGGAUGACUGCUAUGGAUGGAGCAUCUAAGAAUGCUGGAGAGAUGAUUGACAAGUUGACUUUGGCCUUCAACCGUACCCGUCAAGCUGUCAUUACUCGUGAACUGAUUGAAAUCAUCUCUGGAGCUGCUUGUGUUUAA